AUGUCUUCCGAUAAUAAUAACAACAUUUCAUGUUCUGACUCUUGUGAUUGCCAUCAUCAAAAUAGUGGAGGUAACUCGGAGGAAGUACAAUCUUCCAAUCAUCCAGCUACAACAACCGAAUGUUGCUCCGGUAAUAAUCAUUGUGAUAAUUCAACUACAACAACAAAACCUAAAAAGAAUCAACCACCAAAGAAACCUUCCAAGGAAGAAAGAGAAGCUGCUAAACAACAAGCUGUAAAGGGACAACCAGCAAUCAAAGGAAGAAGAGGAGUUCCUGUUGACAAACAAACAUUUAUUCAAAGUAAUCACAAACAAUUUAAAAUUAAUUUAAAUGAAAAAAUUGCAAAGGGAGAUACAGUUUUAGUUUGUUUUAGUGGUGGAAUGAAUUCAACAUCACUUGCUAAUUUAUUACAUAAUUGCGUUUCACCAAAUCCUAAUUGGAAAUUGCAUUUCAAAUGGGAAUAUUUAUUUGUUGAUGUUACUGGAGCUUUAGGAUUAAAUUCUGAAGAAAGAGAGUCUGUUCGUCAACAAGUUAGAGAUUUUUGUACAAAUUUAGAUGAAAGUAAUAAUAUUAUUCAUAUUAGAUCAAUUGAAGAUAUGUUAUUUGAUGGUGAUGAACAAAGAAUGAAGGAUUUCAUUUUCAGACAAUUCAAUACUAUGAGUGUUCAUGAAGAUUUGAUUAGUCAAAUGGUCAAGACAUGCAUUUACAAAUUUGCAGUUGAAAAGAACUUUAAGCAAGUAUUGACAGGUGAAAGUGCUAAUCAUAUGGCUAUUAAUGUUUUGAGUGAAAUUUCAAAGGGAAGAGGAUAUAUUGUUCCUUUACAAAUUGUUCUCGAAGACAAGACUAUGAAUAAUGUACCAUCAUUUAACCCAGAAACUGAUCCAGUGAUAACAUAUAUCAGACCUGUUCGUAGCUUUUUAUCUAACGAAUUGGCCAUGUACAAUCACUGGACUGGUAUUAAGAAGUAUGUCUUUGUUAAGAAUCUCACAACCAAAGCAGGAGCAAGACAAAGUACAAUCAAUAGACUUGUUGAAGAUUUCAUUUCAAUGUUACAAAAGGAUUUCCCAUCGACUGUUCAUGCAAUUUUGAGAACUAUUGAAAAACUGAAGGUUCCAGAUCAAAAUAAGAUUAGAUGCUCAAUGUGUGGAUCUUUCCUUUCAAAGGAAGACUUGAAGGAUGCUAAAUCAACCUCCGAAGACUUGUCGCUUUCAACAUGUUGUUGUUUUGGUUGCAAGAGAAUGUUAACUUAUUCGAAUUCUCAAAAUACUCAAUCAAUAGGAAAGGUUGCCAUUACAGACUUGACCAGUGAAGUUUUUAUUGAUGAUUCAUUCCCAUCAUAUAUUCAAAAUUCUUAUCAAUUAACACGUAAGGAAAUGAAGGAACAAAUUGCUGAAUUCUUACUCGAGGAUACUGAAUAA